AACUUAUAAGCUGGCGUGUCCAAAGGACCGGAGAGCUGCGGAAGGCCCCUACAAGGCGCCAGCCGCUGAGGCGCCACACGCGGGAUGGACGGGGAAUGGGGGGCCUUUACAGUUAGAAACCGGGGCAAAUAAAAGCCCAUCGGAAGGCUAUGGGAGGCCGUGAUCGCUUAAACGAGCAUAUAUUUAUAGCCCAGCCCAGCUCCAGAUGAAGAGGCCACGGACAUGUAAUCGAAACCGCCCGAUUGCCUAAUGCACCCAGACUACGAACCCAAGUUUGGAGAACUAAAUACUGCUGGCACUGCGCUAAUUACAGCGUUUAUUACGCAGCAAAUCGGCAGCAGCGGCCCAAAUGCACCCUUCAGAACCUCCCAAAGCGCCAUCAAAACCACUUAGCAUGCUGUGAAACUAGACAUAACUAAUUGUUGCCAGACAUUAUCAGAAACUGCAGAAACUGCAUGUACGGCCGAUCCCAUGGUUUCGAGGCGUGUGGCAAGGGCCAUACAUUUGCUGGAGCCCAGUGUCACAUAAACGUGACAAUAAGCAGGACCUGCAAUAUCUGCUCCUAAACUCCUGAGAACUGCGCAGGUUUCAAUGUCAUGCGCCCGCUGUGCUCCAUUGAUGAGCUUUGACCGCAAAUAAUGCCACCAGCUGCCUGUUGGCAUCACAUAGCAUGCAGUAUUGUGCUGAACUGGUCGCCGAGUCGUCAACUUGACAGAGUCGGUUUCGCCGACCAAACUCCCGCCCGGAGAUAGGGCAAGCCGCCUACAAGGGCUAAUAUGGGCAAUCGCAUAAGCACCUGCUUUGGUAGGAACAGCGCCACCAAAGACGGGUUAAAUAAGGGAGAGUCGCGACGGACUGCAAGGAGCAAGGUCGCCCGCCCGAACGCAUCGUUGGACUUGCAGCGCCUGUUAUCGCGCCAUGGCAAUACGGGCCUUACAAUACUGGACCUGCCCACUCUAGCCGCGGCGCUUGCGGACGCGCAACAGCCCAUCGCCGUGCUCUGCCUGAGCGCCUUGCCCCAAACCGACGGCGCGGAGGACUCUCUCACCACCGACACCGCCCUGCACAGCAGCAGCAGCUACAGCAUCGCUGUUCGCACCGCCUCGGCCCUGGACGUGUGUCUUGCGCUACGCCAGAGCAGCGAGGAUGGCCGCAUGCGGCUGGUGUUUGCUGGCGAGCAGGGCGGCGGCGGCGGCAUCUCGGUGGGCUGCGUGCUCACCAAUGCGGCGGCGGUGGGCGCGCUGCAGCUCAAGGACGAGCAGGACAUCCUGUGCUUCCUGGCGCGGCAGUGCAUCAAGGACCCCAGCCUCAAGGCCCUCCUGCAUGAUGUCUCAGAGCGGUUGCUGCACGGCUCCCUGACGACGGUCAGCCACUUUGUGCCGGGUGACUUUGGAGCGAACCGCUUCUACCUGUCCCUCAGGGUCACGCCUUUCCUGUACCGGCGUGGCUCCGCGGCUGGCCCGCACGCGGCGGGGCAGGGCGGCGGCAUGGCUGCGGCGGCCGCUGCUGGCGACCCCUCCUCCGGCCUGGGCUGCUCCUGCCUGAUGGCGGCCAUGAUCCUGGAGCUGGAUGUGCCGUACGAGAUGAAGGCGCUGGCGUCACGGCUGCAGCGCGACUACGCCAUCAUCAGCAACAUCCCGUCAAUUGUCCACAUGUUUGACAUUAGCGGGCGAGUGCUGCACCAGAACCGCGCCAGUGUGGCCUUCAUGGGCUACGUGGCGGGACUGGAUGCGCCCACGCCCCUGGACACGGCCCUGGACACCGCCACCACCACCACCACCGCCCCAGGGACCGCCGAUGUUGCGUCGCCCACCGCCGCGGCCGCGGCUGCCUUUACUGAUGCCCUGCUGCAGUCGCCGCGCCGGCAGCAGUCAUCUUCGGCGGCGUUGGCCGCGGGUGUAGGAGCAGGAGCGGCGGGGGCGGCGGCGGUAGGGGCUGAUGUCAACUGGCUGCAGCGGCUGUUCUCGAGCGACCCCUCGCGCUACCUGGACAUCCUGGAUGCGCUGGAGCAAGGCAUGGAGUGGCGCGGCUUGGUGCGGAUGCCGUACCGCAUGAAGAAGCAGGUCGUGGGCGGCCGCUUGGGCGGCGCCGGCAGCAGCGUGCAGGCGGGGGCCACCGGCUACGACUUCAGCAGCCUGGCCGCGAGCAUGUUCCUGGACGAGCCCGCCAUCGCCACCGCCACCGCCCUCGGCAGCAACGCGGCCGCGGCGAUGGCCGUCCUGUCUGCGACGUCGGCCGCAGGCGCUGCGACGCCGGCGGGCACCCUGACGGACUGCGGCACCGCCACCACCGACCUGGGUGACAUGCGCUUGAGCACCUAUGCCAGUGGGGAGCUGAUGUCGCCGCCACUGGGCGGCCUGACCUACGACCCCAACAGCCCCUGGUCCGUGCCGCCCAGCGCCAUACUCAGCAAGGCGGCGGCGGCGGCGGCGGCUGCCGCGGGCCAGAUGUCGGCAGCCAGCGGAUCUGCUGCUACUGCUGUCGCGGCUGGGAGCGGCGGCGCUGUGGAGCGGCUGAGCGGCAGUGGCGGCCUCGUGCCGCCGCGCCGGAGCGGCAGCAGCUCCUGCGUCCUGGGUCCGGGCCUGGGCGUGGGCCGCCUGGGCUCGGGCCUGGCAACCGUGGACGAGGCGGGCGGCAGCAACAGCGGCAGCAGCAACGAGAAGCUGCAGUCCACCACCGCCCCGCAAGACCCCAGCCGCCGCCCCAGCUGCUCGCCAGUGCGCGGCGGCACGGGGCAGGGGGAGUUCGCGCUGGCGCCCGCCGGCGUGCGGCAGGCCUCGCCAGAGGCUGUCCGGCCAGUGGCGCUCACUGCCGGCGCACUGGCUGCAGCUCCUGUGUCGCCGGUCGGCAGCGCCGCGUCGGGCUCCAGGGCCGCCGCUGCUCCACAGUCGCCCACGCCACCGGCACAAGAGGCAGUUGCGUGGCAAGCCGCCCCUCCUCCUCAUGAACCAGCGCACAACCUGCCGCCCCUGCCAUGGGGGCGGCAGGAAUCGGCGCAGAUGCAGGCUCCGGCGCCGGCUUCGCCCCUGUGGCCGACGGCACAUGUGGCGCAGCCCGCCCUGCAGCAGCCGGCAGCAACAGCAGCCACCACUGGCGGUGCGGGUGUGGGCACCGGUGCCCACGCCACGUCAAUUGCGCCGCCGUCAACGCCGCCAUCCGCUGAUGCGGCGGUAGCUCCGACUGCCGCCCGUCCGCUCAUGGCCCCGCACGUGCGCUCCAUCCGGAUCCACCGCCUGUUCGAGGAGGUCACGGCCGCGGCCGCAGACGCCGCUGACGCCGAGGCCGGCAUCACCCCUGGCGCCAAGCCCGGCAGCAGCGGGGAGGAGGCGCCGCCGCCGUCCCCCGUACACAUCGACCGCGGCGCCCUGGCGCCGGCGGAGGAGGUGCACCAGCAGAAGCUAAUGGCGCUGGUGCUGGCGGCGCGGAGCAGCAGCAGCACAGCCAGCCGCCGCCGCCGCCCGCGCGGCCCUGUGCCGGCCGCCAGCGCCGGCGCGGCCGGCCGCAUGGGCAGCUCAGCCGCCACCAUGUCGCCGCCGCGGCCGCUGCAGACGCCGCCGCACAGCUCCACCAGCGGUGGGUUUGUGUGCACGGCGGCUGGGCGUGCUGCGAGCAGCGAGGCCGCAGACGCCAGCGGUGGCACUGGGGGCAGCGGUACCGGAGAGGGCAGCCCCUCACAGUCGCAGGGCGGCGGCGAGACGGACCAGGGCCGGGAGCUGGCGGCGGCACCGGCUGAAGGCGCGGCAACCACCGGCGGCAAGCACAAGUACAAGCACGUGUCUGUGGGAUCACUUGCCGCGACGGGUGGAGAGCUGGGCUUCAUUGAGUCACGCGGCGGCGGCUCCAGCAGCAAUGCCACCAACGCCACGGAACUGACGGUGGGUGGGCUGGUCGCAGCGGCCGCGGCCGCCGCCGGCAGUGUCGUGAGCGGCAGCGGCGGCGGCGGCGCCAGCAACCUGCAGAUGCUGAGUGGCAGCGGCGGCGCCGGCGCCAGCACCGCGGGCGUGUUGCUGCCUGCGCACCUGCACCACCACCUGCUGCCGCACCUGCGCACCACUGCGCCCGUGUCGCCGCACCGUGGCCGCCAGCUGCUGCUGCGCUCAGGCACCAGCACGCCGCGUGAGGCGGGCAUGGGCACGGGCGGGGGCGCGCUGCUGUCCACAGACCCGCACGGCAGCACGUCAGCGCUCAUGAUGGGCUCCACAGAAGGGUGUCCGGGCGAGGCAGUGGAGGCGAGCGCCUCUUCCACCUUCGGCACCCGCGACACAGUGGAGUUCUCCAUCGAGUUCUACCGUAGCAGCCGGUCAACUCCAGCGUUCAACAAUGCCAACAACGGAAACAGCGGCAACGGGAAUGGCAACGGAAACAAUGGAAACAACGGCAACGGGAAUGGAACCGGCAACGGGAAUGGCAACGGCAACGGGAAUGGCAGCGGCGGUCACCAGCAGCAGGCUGCGGGAGCAGCCGGUGCAUCAGGCCCGUCAUCACAGCCGCAGCCGACCCCUCAGCACCAGCAUUUCCUGUCCUUCAUUGACGAGGUUGACGAGAAGGAGCAGGAGGAGGUCUCGUUCCACCUGCCAAAGCUAUGGCAGGCGCACAUGGACGCCUCGGGCGCCAGUAUGGCAGCUGCUGCCGGGUCGUCUGCUGGCGGCAGCGGGCUGGCGGCGCCGAGCGCCCUGCCGCCCUCUUCCUUGGGCACAACCAAACGCGCCACCUCGGCGGACCGCACCUGGGCCUACCUGGACGAGCGAGCGCCGCCCGGCCCCGGCCCCGGCCCCGGCUUCGGACCCGCUGCUGCCGUGGCUGCCGGCCCCUUCAGCCCUUUGCCGCCGCUGCGAUCGCUGGGCAUGUCCGGCGGCGGCAGCAGCACCGGCGCCGGCAGCAACGCCGCCAUCUUGUCAAUGUCCGGCGCCGGCUCUGCAGCGGCUGCGGCCGCGGCGGCGGCCGCCGCUGCGGCGGGCAUGCUGCUCACCAAUGUGAGCGAGUCCUCGGGCACCGUCACCAGCAAGCGCAGCCACACGACGCACGCGCCCACCGCCACCGCUAGUGCCUCCUCCAACGCCCUCGCCAGCACCGCCGGCACGAACGCCAUCAGCAACACCAGCAACGCCAACGCACUGGCUACACACCCGUCACUGCUGCAGCGGCUGCCGUCAGGCGCCGCGCAGGGCGGCGCGGCCGCUGCCGCCGCCGGCCCCGCUCCAGCCAGUGGUGGCGUUGGCGGCGGCAGCAUUGAUGCGGCAGUCCCGCAAAUGCUGGCGGCGGCAGACGUGUCGCCGGGCGGCGGUGCGGCGGGUGGAGGUACGUCGCGGCGGAGGCCACCGGCUGCUUCAUCGAGCUGGAUCGGGUUGCAGCAGGCGCAGGCGUCCGCGUUCCGCAGCGCCAUCGCGGCGUUCCGGCGUGCGGCGACCAUCCAUGCAGACGACUCGCCCUCGCCGCCGCCGCCUGGCGCCGUGCCGCCGGUGCAGCUGCUGCAGCCACACAUGCAGCAGCAGCACGCGCGGUUGAUACAGUCCGCGCACCAGCACCCGCACAUGGUCGCUGCCGGUGCCGGUGCCAUGCCGGCAACACGCCUGGCCUCCUACCCCGGCAUCGGCGCCGGCGCCGGCCCCAGCUCCGCGCUGCCGGCCGGCGCCCAGCAGGGCGGUGCCGGCAGCGCCCACGCGCGCUCGGCCUCCUACAUGCUGAGCGGCAGCAGCGGCACCGCCGUGAACGCCACCAGCACCAUCGCCUCCUCGGGCGCCGUGUUCAGCACCGGCGCCGUCACCGCCCUGCUCACGUCCGUUUCAAACCGGCCCGCCUCCAUGGCGCGCACGCGGUCGUAUGCAGGCAUAGAGGACGCAGCGCUGCGGCAGCAGCAGCAGCAGCAGCACGCUGCUGGCUCGGGUGCGGCGGCUGCGUCUGUUGCUGUUGAAGGCGCAGCAGCUGGUGUCGACAUGGCCGCACGCGGCGGCGGCGCCCGGCCCCCCGCCGCGCUCAUGAUGAUGAGCACCUCGGCGGGUCAGCUGCAGCUGCGGCCGCCCUCGCCCAAACCCCUGCAGCCGCUGCAGCCGGCGGCGCAGCAGACGCAGCAGCUGCAGCACAUGCCCUCCGCCCCACUGCCGCAGCUGCAGUCCACAUCCAUGCCGCGGCAGAGCACGGCUGCAGCGGCGGCUCCUGCCUUUGGACGCACCAGCGGAGGCGGAGCCGGCGGCCACUCGUCCUCGCGCGCCACAAGCUAUCUCAGGCACACCAGUCACGAGGAGGACCGGCGCCUGCACAUGCUGCUGUCGGCUCUGGCGCGCAACGACAACAGCAGCCACAACCGCGAGGCCGCCAGCGGCUCCGGGCCGCGGACCAUCGUCGUCCGCGACGGUGCUGGUGGCGGCACCACGACGCCCGGCGGCAGCAGCGCUGCUGGCCUUAUGAAUAUGCAGCGGCAGCAACAGCAACAGCAGCAGCAACAGCAGCCGCAGCAGCCCCUGCCUUGGAUCAAGACCGGCUCCAACUUGCCGGAUAUGCCCUCCCCCUACACGACCGACACCGCCACCGUCACCGGAGAGGUCAUGCGCCGCUCCAGCUGGGGCACGGAGCACCCCUCCAAGGCCAACACCUGGGACGGCCGCGGCUCGCCGGAGGGCUGGCAGGCACAGCAGCUGGCGGCGCACUGGCAGCAGCUCAGCACCAGCUGCGGCCAGGUCCCGUCAUCCAUCGGCGUGCCGGGCGGCCCCAGCAACGUGACCAGCUCCGUCCGUGACAGCUGGGGCGGCCUUCCCAACUUCACGUACCUCAUGGCCGCACUGCAACCCUCGAACGCCACCGCUACCACUGCCACCAACGCCUUCGCCCCGGCAGCGGCCGCCUUGUCUGGCACCGCCCUUGGCAGCACCUCUACCGCCGCAGACGACGCCGGGCGGGACACGGGGUCCGGCAACAACAGGCCUGCUCGCCGCACCGGCGCCCUGCUGCAGCAGCAGCUGAAGCUUCAGCAGACGCAGCAGCAGCUGCAACAGCAGGGGCAGUCACUCCCUCAGAACCUCAGCAAGUCUCUGCAUCAAAUGGCAACGGCUACAGUGCCUCAGUCGCUACCACAGCGCAGAGACCAGCAGCAGCAACAGCAGCAGACGCAGACACUGGCGGCGGCGGCGGCUGUGCCCGGCUCCACGGGUGAGGUGUUGUUCCUGGCGGCUGCGGCGGCGGCGGCGGCGGCCGAGGAGGAGGAGAUGCGGUGGCACGAGGUGGUGGUCAAGCCCGUGAGCGACCCCAUGAGCGAGGCGCCGCUCAUUCUGGUGGUGCAGACGGACGUGACCAGCAAGGUGCAGGCGGAGGAGCGCCUGGCCCGCGUGCUGGAGGCCGAGCACCGCCUGCUUGCGGACAUCUUCCCCUCCCACAUAGUGCGCCAUAUGACUCAGCGCCGCCGCAAUGAGGCGGACCUGGAGCGCAAGGGGCUGGUGCUGCUGCGGCACAUCCAGGACCCGGCGGCCUUGGCCACCUCACACGAGUGCAUUACCGUGCUCUUUGCGGACAUCAAGGGCUUCACGGACAUGUCCAAGGAGGUGCCGGCAGCCACCGUCAUGACCUUCCUAAACGACCUGUACACGCGCUUCGACAGCCUGACAGACGUGUACGGCGUGUACAAGGUGGAGACCAUCGGCGACUGCUACAUGGUGGCGGGCGGGCUGGUGGCGCGCGAUGAGGACGGCUAUGGGCGCGCGGUGCGCGGGCAGGGCGAUGUGGACCCACUGCACGCCAUGCGUGUAGUGGCGUUUGCACGGGCCAUGCUGGAAGAGGCAGCCAAAGUGCUGCUGCCAAACACUGGCGAGCCGGUCAAGAUGCGUGUGGGCAUCCACAGCGGCUCGGCGACUAGUGGUGUGGUUGGGCACAAGAUGCCUCGCUUCUGCCUGUUUGGCGACACGGUCAACACCGCCAGCCGCAUGGAGAGCACGGGGCGGCCGGGUGUGAUCCACGUGUCAGCCGCCACACGCGCCCUGCUGCCGCCCGAGGAGGACGAGGAGGGCUGGGCGCCCACCGGCGGCGUGGACGUCAAGGGCAAGGGGCGCAUGGACACGUACACCUGGUGUGCGGACUCGGAGGACGCACAGCGGCACCGCCGCGGCAAGCAGCGCCGGGCCGACAUGCUGGGCACACUCAGCAACCUGAUGGGGCCCGUGGGCCUCGCCGGCCGCAGCCGCACCUCGCGCAGCCCGGCUGGCGCGAGUGGCACGGCCCGGUCGCCCAUGGUGCGGGGCCGCGCCCCCGUGGUGCCCAACAGCAAGUCUGGCAGGCGUGCGUCGCAAACGGCCAACGCCACCAUGAACACUGUGAGCGAGUUCAUGUCAGCACCGUCCGCUGACCUGCUGUGACAGUUGUGCCAUCAAAGUUUUACAUGAUGGUAAGAUGCACCGGACCUAGCUAUAUAUGUGUGUAUGUCUGGGUAAACGCAUGCGUGUGGGGGGGGGGGCUGCAGGGGCGCCUCUGUGAAGCUGAUUUAGUAUGUGGGAGAGCAACACACGAGAGGCAGUCAACGUAUGUGCCGUACGCACAGGGGAGGAAAACAAUUGAUGACAUUGUAAAAUUGAUGACAUUGCGUGAUUGCGAUAAUUGUUAUGGAUGAACGGAUGCCGUGCUCCGCGCUUUCCUGCUGGCCUGGAAGGCGGGAACUUCAGGACCGCUUUGGUAGUGGCAGCCUGCGGCGCCUCCUGUGCGCUUGGUCUAGUAGUCGGACUCGUGACUACAUGGCUGCUGCAUGCUCUCGUGGCGUAUAGAGCGGGGGAGACUGUGUUGCGACUGGUAGACUGAUAAGGCGGGGCGGCGGCCGACCAAGCGGCGGCCCGUUCACAAAGCCGUCUGCGCCGAGCUGUCUGCACCCACGGAAUUUCUGUGUGUCUGUGCCUGCCACGACACCCACUGUGCCGGUGCCGGUGCCGGUGCAUAGCCUGUCUGGGUGCGUGCCAUAAAUCCCGUAAUCUCUUGGCGGAUGGGGCGUGCCAUAAGUCCCCUAAUCGAGCAAUUUUGUGGUAGUUGACAGAACAUGCAUGUAAGCCUAGAGCGCAUGCAAGCUGCAAACCUGAUUGCACACGUUUGAAAGCAUACGAGACUUGGGUUGCCACUAAGGACGAGAGAUGCGGGCUGUUGCUGAGGAAUUUGUGAUCCACGGUCUUGUCAACAGUGGGAGUUUAAGGUUACCUAUGUUUCCAUGAGGAUACUAAUAUUUUGGAUUGCGCUUCUCUUACAAGUGACCCGUAUGGCUCCCAGGGAUGCCUGGCUGCGCCCCAGCCCCGCGCUUGUUGAUGCGGUUGGCCGCGAGGCUGCUGCUUGUUGAAGCCGUGAGCCCAUGACCUACGGAGGCCUGAUCCUUCAUCACAGCCCUUGGCCGCAUACGGCAUGGCUGAUGACGUCGCCGAAGGGGAGAGCUGUGGCUGUUGGUGUAUGCUAGAAUUUGGGCGGGGGCCCGAGGCGGCGGCAAGGACGCUUGCUAGCGACAUGCGGAAUCAAGCUACUUCCAAAGGUUCUGCCCAACCAUUGUGCGUUUCUUGCGCGUGGGCACCCGCAGGUGUGCGAUGGGACAGUGUUUAGGCAGGUUGGUGAAGUUCCCCAGAACAGGCAGAUGCAGCUCCUCGGCACCAUGGCCCUAGUGUGUUUGUAUUUAGGCCACGCAGUAGGGGUUGCAAUACGGAGGGCACCACAUACAUGCGCAUACGUACACAUAAACGCACUUUCAAGACUGUUUGCGACAGAGCACAACAGAAGGGACAGGUUGUGUGUGUGUGUGUGUGUGUUGGUGGUGCGGGGGAGGGGGUGCUACUUGCCCGAGCCCAACGUAAUAUGUCCCAAUUGUCAAGGAAUCGGGGAGAGGCGAUUGCGUUCUCCCUUUGCCCUUGGUGGUUCCUGGGGCUACAGAAAUGGGCUUGCUUAUUGUGCCAAGGUUGGUUGGAUCAAGUGUGCUCGGGUGGUGUGGGGGCCGUGUGCCUCCCAACGGGACGGGCUGCCACCCUGCCGCCACGCGGCUCGUGCGCUUGACAACGUUCGCUUGUGUCAGUUGUUUAGUGUGGGUAGCGACAUGCCCUGCUUAAGCCGUGAGGUGUACAGCACCCUCGAUUGCGGGCGGGCCCCCAUGUAGGUUGCAACCUGUGCGGCUAUUUCCUAACCCUAAAAUAAGAGAAGAAGUAGCACAUGCAUAUGCUUUGGAGCAGUGGUACGUUCGGAUUUCGCGGCGGGGCCCUACGGGCAUCACUCAUACUGUGCGUGCCCGAGCGGCGCCUUGGAGCCCGCUGAUUAUAGGUUGCUGUUCGGCUCCAUGUAGCCAAAUGCAUAGCUUGGAUGCGUAGGCGGCACGUGUAGCACUGAUGGUAGCAUGCUCGAGCUAGCGGCUUGACGAAGCGGCACUUGCGGCCCAUUAGUUCUCAUGUUCGGCUUGGUGCGCUGUGAUGACCCGCAUCGUCUUCACCAACAACCACUCCUGGGGUAUGCACACCAGCCUGGUGCUGUAACCCAAUGUCAUGCGCCACCGAGUAUAGAGCAUCGAUGGUAAGCCUGGCCGUCUGAGUUUGAAGGACUGGUUGCAUGUGGGCGGUUAACCGGGUGAUAGAGAUUAUUGUGCCUCGUAUCGGCACUAAGCGCAGUUGACAAGAUGGCCGGAGGCCGCAUGCAGUGCUGAGCUGUGCAACCCCCGCGUUAUAUUGCUGCCCCUACAUGGCCACACGAGUCGGAGCUCAUGCAAGGGGUCGCUUUUGAGGCUGAGAUGUGAUCCACAUACUAUUAUUGUAACUCACCGCUCGGGCUUAGAACCGGACAGCACCCGACAACUGGUCGCUCUUUCAGCAGUUGGGUUGGGGAGCGGUGAGUUCCCCACGGGUGCGACAUACCCCAUGGUGCAUUAGGGCCCACCGUGGCUCUCGCCAACGGCGGCUGCUCACGAGUGGUGACACCUGGCUGUGCAGAGUCACACUGGAGUGGGCCAGUGGGGCGGCGGACACCAGACUGCUGCGCGUGUCCUGCUGCCUCUCAGGGCAUGUGGGCUGUAAUAUUGCGCCUUGGUUGGACUGUGCCUUCUUGUAAUGUCGCAUUCAG